AUGGCCUCUGGGGUUCACAUCGCCCGCAAGAUCGACAAGAUGGGGAUGAGGUCUUCUGACACAGCAAAGGUCUUCUUCGAUGACGUGCGCGUUCCUUGCAAGAACCUCAUUGGUCAGGAGGGGAUGGGCUUCACUUAUCAAAUGCUUCAAUUCCAGGAAGAGAGACUUUGGGCGUGUGGCAACAUUCUAACCAUGAUGGACAACAUCAUCCAGGAGACCAUUCAGUACACCAGACAGAGUAGGAUCUUCAAGAUGCCUGUUCUCUACCACCAGUCAGUACACUUCAGACUGGCUGAGCUGGAGACAGAGAUCGAGCUGCUGCGUUCCCUCCUCCAUCGCUCCACAGCUCUGUACAUCAAGGGCAACGAUGUGACUAAGCUGGCGUCCAUGGCUAAGCUGAAGGCAGGCCGUCUAUCCAGGGAGGUGGGGGACAGCUGCCUGCAGUACUGGGGAGGGAUGGGCUUCACCAGCGAUGUCCUGGUCAGCAGGUUUUACAGAGACGCCAGGUUACUGUCCAUUGGAGGAGGCGCUGAUGAGGUCAUGCUGUCGAUCAUCUGCAAGUACAUGGACACCCUACCCAAGAAGUGAUGUCACAGUGCCAGUAUGGCUUUCCCUUGUGCUGCACCUCAAUCCAGAACAUUGUUCCCAUUCCUAUGCUUCUCUAUAAUGACUGGAUAGGUAGAAGUGAUACCUCUUAGUUUAUGCCAUAUUGCUUACACCUAUCCAGUCCAUGAAGGGGAGUUACAGAAGGAACAGAACCAUUUUCUGGAAUUUAAUGAACACAUCAGAAUUGCAGUUUAAGAUUUUAAUUUGUUAAUCAAUUUAACCACUGUGUUGCACUUACCUUAUGAAAAUGCAUGUACUGUACUACAGGGCCAGUCAGGAAAGUUUUUCAAAUAGUGCCUCCAUGUUUCAAUUCUGGGGAAACAUGCCUAAGAUUUCGUUCCAUUCAUUUCUUUAUGACAAUUGAAAACUGCGGUCCUACAGUAGUUGUGAAUUUGUUUGUGUAUUGUGGAGAGGAUUUGUAAUCAAUGUCUAAGAUCAAGUUUUUGUAGAUAGUCUUAGGAAUACAAUGAAUAGUAUGUACCGUGGUGUAAAAUAAAUGAAGCGC